GUAGCUACACUUAGCUAAAACAACCCACACGACUAAGACACACACACACACACACUACAAUCUUUAAGUAUUCAAAUAAAAUCUGAAUUGUCUGCAAAAUAAUUAUUUUGUUCGUUUAAUUAAAGAUCGUCCCUAAGUCCCGAUUGAUUAGCCCCUGAUACGUCUCUCAACACAGCCACACACACAGUUACAUAUUGCCUAAACUUUAUUUAAAACACAUAACAAAAAUGGAGAAAUUUCUUGUGCGGACCAACAAGCCAACCGACGCACCACCAGCUGCAAAAAAGCUUAGAAGGUACGAUGAAGCAUACCUGCAGUUUGGGUUUACAGUUACGGCUGAUCUGAGACCUCAGUGUGUCGUGUGUGCCGAGGUGCUGGCAAACGACAGUAUGAAGCCCUGCAAAUUAAAAAGGCACCUCGAAACAAAGCAUCCUGGCAUUAAAAAUAAGCCAGCUGAAUAUUUUAAAAGAAAGCUUGAUGGCCUCCAUCAGCAACAGGCAACCAUUUCAGUGCACAGCACUGUGUCUAAACAGUGUUUGGAGGCAUCGUAUGUAGUGGCCAAAAGAAUCGGUAAACUGGGUAAACCGCAUACAAUCGCAGAGACUCUCAUUUUGCCGGCAGCGCAAGACAUGUGCAGAAUAAUGAUAGGCGAUAGUGCAGCAGCCAAACUCGGUGCAGUACCACUGUCCAAUGACACAGUCGCUAGGAGAAUUGUAGACAUGUCCAAUGAUAUCAGAGAGCAACUGAUCGAGUUUGUAAAAAAGAGUCCUUACUACGCGCUGCAGCUGGACGAAUCCACUGAUAUUGCUGGGCAGGCACAGCUCCUCACCUAUGUCAGGUAUCUACGGGACAAGGCGAUUGAGGAGGAUGUACUGUUUUGCCGGCCUCUUCAGUUGCACACUACAGGAGAAGCCAUUUUCAAUGUCCUUAAUAUUUUUAUCCUUGAAAAUGGUUUGGCUUGGGACCGAUGCGUUGGCCUAUGCACGGAUGGUGCGCAGGCAAUGACGGGGCGUGAGCGUGGCCUAGCUGCUCGAGUUCAGCAAGUAGCUCCACUUGUGAAAUGGACACAUUGCAUGGUCCAUCGCGAAGCACUAGCUGCUAAAAAAAUGCCGGUUCUUUUUGACUCCGUGCUGAACCAAUCCGUGAAAAUGAUAAAUCUUAUCAAAUCACGGCCGUUAAACUCUCGCUUGUUUGGGGUCCUCUGCCAGGAGAUGGGGUCAGGGCACGAACAGCUGCUUCUGCACACUGAAGUUCGCUGGCUCUCCAGGGGGCGGGUGCUACAGCGGUUGUAUGAGCUUCGAGAGGAGGUGAAGUGGUUUUUGACAGAAAUCAAAUCAGAUCUGGCGAAGCAUCUGGAUGACACUAUGUGGCUUGCGUCUCUGUCCUAUUUGGUCGAUAUAUUUGACCGCUUGAAUGGCCUCAACCUGUCUUUGCAAGGCCGCGGAACUCAUAUUUUGAUCCUUGCAGACAAAGUGCACGCCUUCACACAAAAACUAGACCUCUGGCAUGGCCGCAUCAGUCAAGGGAACUGCGACAUGUUUCCCAGCCUUGCAGACUUUAUCACUGAUGCAGGCACGUCACACGAUUUCUCAUCCCUAUUUCAAUCAGCGUCUGAGCACCUGUCAGCAAUGAGAAAACAAUUUGCGACGUACUUUAAAGAGGAUUAUCGCUCUUUUGCGUGGGUUCGAGAUCCGUUUGUGUGCACAGCAAACGAGCUAUCAAUUGAUAUGCAGGAACAGCUUAUUGAGCUGAAGAGUGACAGUAGACUGAAGGAACUCUUUAACUCCUGCCCUCUUUCGUCAUUCUGGGCAGCAUUGAUGCAGGAAUAUCCUGAACUCUGUGACGUCGCCAUGAAGAUUCUCCUUCCUUUCGCGUCGACAUAUCUGUGUGAGGCAGGAUUCUCAAAAAUGACUGCACUCAAAACGAAAUACCGCAAUCGUGCACAAAUCGAGGAUGAUCUGAGACUAUGUUUAUCAAACAUUGAGCCAAGAAUUGGGGAUCUUUGCAAGGCAAAGCAGGCUCAGGUCUCGCAUUAACAUCACGUACCUGCAAGCUUCUGUUACAAAAUGCAGAUGAUACCUACUAUUAGGCCUAGUAAUAAUAACCAUAAUAAAGCAUACAUUAAUAUCAGAGGUCUGGUGCAAAUUCCCAAUUAUAGCAAUAGCCUAGUAAUGAUAAUAGGCCUAUACUGAUGAUAAUAAUAAUAAUAACAACAACAACAACAAUAAAGCAUUUAACCUCAUAUAAUUAUAUAGCAAUAGCCUAGUAAUGAUGAUAGGCGUACUACUACUCAUAAUAAUAAUAAUAAUGUCUGCAAGCUCACAUUAGAAGUCUGGUUCUACUGCCAAUUAUAACAAUAGCCUAGUAAUGAUAAUAGGCCUACCUACAGCUACUGAUGAUAAUAAUAAUAAUAAUGUGGGCCUAAAGAUAAUAGCCGGCCGGCCAUCCAU